GUGCACUUGUGGCCGCAUCGUCGACACUAGACCUUUUAACCUCGACUCUACAGCCAGGGUCAUAUUGACCCCACGACUACCGACGACAUGUCGUACUCGUGGAUUGGAGCUCCCACGGAGUUCAAUGGCACAGAUCCAGAGACUGGCGGCGAUUCCGCCACCGAGAACUUGAACCAAUGGUACCAGUCCGGUGACCAGGCCUUUAUCCUUGUGGCCUCAUGCAUGGUCCUGAUCAUGAUUCCUGGUAUCGCAUUCCUCUACUCCGGACUGUCACGAAGAAAAUCUGCCUUGUCCCUGAUCUGGGUCUGUAUGAUGUCUUUCAGUGUCAUCAUCUUCCAAUGGUAUUUCUGGGGUUACUCUCUGGCAUUCAGCAGCACGGCUACAAACGGAUUCAUUGGUGACUUACAUCACUUUGGUCUCAUGAACACACUCGCCGUACCAUCUCCUGGAUCACCCCUUGUUCCGGAACUACUCUACUCUUUCUACCAGAUGCAAUUCUGCGCCGUCACCGCGGCUCUCGUGGUCGGUGCCACGGCGGAGAGAGGCCGAGUCUUGCCCGCCAUGGUCUUCACCUUCUUCUGGGCGACACUUGUCUACUGCCCCGUCGCGUGCUGGGUGUGGAACGUCAACGGAUGGGCCUUCAACUACGGUGUAAUGGAUUACGCUGGGGGUGGCCCCGUUGAGAUUGGCUCGGGUAUGUCUGCCUUGGCUUAUUCUUGGGUGCUCGGUCGCCGCCACGAAAAGAUGAUGCUCAACUUCCGACCUCAUAACGUAUCACUUAUCACUCUCGGAACGAUUCUUCUAUGGUUUGGAUGGCUGGGGUUCAACGGUGGUUCUGCCUUUGGCGCCAACCUCCGUGCCACUAUGGCGUGCUGGAACUCGUGCUUGACCGCCAUGUUUGCCGCCAUGACUUGGUGUCUGCUUGAUUUCCGUCUGGCAAAGAAAUGGUCCAUGGUCGGUUGGUGCUCGGGUGUGAUCUCUGGCCUCGUCGCUGCUACUCCCGCAUCCGGUUUCAUCCCACCUUGGGCCUCCAUUGUUCUCGGCGUUGUUACUGGCAUCUGCUGCAACUUUGGCACUAAGGUCAAAUUCCUUGUCGGAAUCGACGACUCCCUCGAUGUCUUCGCUGAACACGGUAUCGGCGGCAUGGUUGGUCUAGUCUUCAACGCACUUUUCGCGGCCGACUACAUAAUCGGAUUGGACGGUGUGAACACUGGUGUCAUCACUGGUGGCUGGAUCAACCACAACUACAAGCAGCUCUACAUUCAGAUUGCUUACAUCGUUGCCUGCACUGCCUACACCUUCGUCGUGUCGGCCAUUAUCGCCAAGAUCAUUGAUCUAAUCCCCGGUCUGCAUCUGCGCGCUAGUGAGGAGGCGGAGCUGCUGGGUAUGGAUGAUGACCAACUUGGUGAAUUCGCUUAUGAUUACGUUGAGGUUCGCCGUGACUUCUUGGCUUGGACUCCUGCCAAGGAGGACCCUUCUGGCGAUGGCACCAAGAUUAUUCCUCAACACGGAAUCGAGGAACACCAGAACCUCGCCAACACAAAUGGACACGCCCUUGAACAGGAGCAGGAGAAGUUCGGUGCUUCGGCCAGAGAUCCUGCGAGAGCGAAGGCUGCCGAGCAAGCCGCUGAAAGGGACAACAUCGCUGCUGGAGAGCAAUAAUCCGUCCAUGUUUGAUUUCGCAUGUUGUGAUUGAAAGAGAUAUCCCGGUUUACUUGUUGUAUUAAUACCCUCGCACCCGAAUUGUGAAGGUGACCAGAAAAAUUGUAUGGUCACGGAGUUCUCAAUCUACCAAACAUUUAUAGGGAAUUGGGAGACCAAAAGUCGCAUUUUAGAGCGCAGGAGUUUGACUGGAUAAGGGGCUAGCACAUAUACCACGUACAAAAUAUUUUCUUUGCUUGCUAUUCAACC